GCCGAGGCGGAGCCCGCGAAGGAGGAGGCGCCGGGCCGCGCGUCGCUGUACCAGGAGAAGGCGAACCUGUACCCGCCGAGCAACACGCCCGGCGAGGGGCUGAGCCACGGCGGGGGGCUGCGGCCCAACGGGCCGACGGAAGCCCCGCCGGCGCUGAAGCUGGCGCUCGAGUACAUCGUGCCCUGCAUGAACAAGCACGGCAUCUGCGUGGUCGACGACUUCCUGGGCAAGGAGACCGGGCAGCAGAUCGGCGACGAGGUGCGUGCCCUGCACGACACCGGCAAGUUCACGGACGGGCAGCUGGUCAGCCAGAAGAGCGACUCGUCCAAGGACAUCCGAGGCGAUAAGAUCACCUGGAUCGAGGGCAAGGAGCCCGGCUGCGAGACCAUUGGGCUGCUCAUGAGCAGCAUGGACGACCUGAUCCGCCACUGUAACGGGAAGCUGGGCAACUACAAAAUCAAUGGCCGGACGAAAGCCAUGGUUGCUUGCUAUCCAGGCAACGGGACAGGCUACGUACGCCAUGUCGAUAACCCGAAUGGAGAUGGAAGAUGUGUGACCUGUAUAUACUACCUUAAUAAGGACUGGGAUGCCAAGGUAAGUGGAGGUAUACUUCGAAUUUUUCCGGAAGGCAAAGCCCAGUUUGCUGACAUUGAACCCAAAUUUGAUAGACUGCUGUUUUUCUGGUCUGACCGUCGUAACCCUCAUGAAGUGCAGCCAGCAUAUGCUACAAGGUACGCAAUAACUGUUUGGUAUUUUGAUGCAGAUGAGAGAGCACGAGCUAAAGUAAAAUAUCUAACAGGUGAAAAGGGUGUGAGGGUGGAACUUAAUAAACCGUCUGAGUCAAUCAGUAAAGACGCCUUAUAGAGCCUUGCUUUGGCAGUCCCAUUUCACCUGCGGUAACUGUGGACAUUAUCUGUUAGCUUGAGAAUUCAAGUGGAACAAAGGAAAACAGACAACCAGUGGGCACUGGCACAAGGAGACAGAAACAACUCAUGUCGCAUCAAACACGGUUCUGGCUGCUGUGACCUGGUGCCGCGUGUCGGCUCCAGACUGACUGCUCGAGGGAAGGAGAGAAGCUGUCACUUGGGAAUGGUUUUUACACCUGGACGUGAACUAAGUGCCCUCUGUAGAACUUUUCAUUCAGCUUUUGCCAGAUCUGUCAUCUAGCCGGGUCCAUGUCAUCUCUCCCUUUUUUAUAUCAAGUUUGAAUUUGGGGUAAUUUUUGUAUGAUUAGGUACAAUUUAUCAAAACUGAAUUGAGAAAAAAAUUACAGUAUUACUCCUCAAAAUAACAUCAAUCUAUUUUUGUAAGCCUCUUCGUACUAUUAAAUUUUGCCCUAAAAGACUUCUCUUAUAAUGAUUGUUACCAGUGACUGAUGGUUAAUUUUCUUUGUCUUCAGAUACGACAGGGAGCACUUUAAUGACCAGCUGAAGCGUCUGAUUGUUUAGUAGUCUCCCGUCUUACACUAAUUUUCAACAUUGCUCAUGAUGGACUCUAACAGUGAAACAGUCACUACUACCACCAGUAACUUCUAGUGUAUGUUUUACAGGAAAAAUACACAGGAAAAGGAGUUUAUCUUUUAAGUUACAUUUAAAAAAAAAACUAAAGUGACUGGCACUAAAUGAACUUGAGGUUCUCUCAGCAUCAAGUUCCUAAGAUGAAGGGCUUUCUCGCGUACAGGCACCCCGUCUAGGUGCAGACGACACUGUCCCGUUCCUGAGACUUUCCUUCUGCUGCUCCUCACAUUGACUGUCCUUGCAAAUUGGCUGUUGUGUUUUUUCUCAAUUCUCGGAUCCGCCUGA